CGCCAUGUCUGAUUACGGAAUUAUGUGGAGCUACUUUCAUUUAAAUUACAAGAAGCCCUAGCGAUAACUCAAGUUCUAUGGAAUUUUAUUCUCUAUUGCCGUGUUUUAAGGACAAUCACAUUUGCUACAUGAUUGUGUUCAAGCUAUGGCAGAAAAGAGCCUUUCUCAUAAAAAGGAGAAGCCUCCAAUCAUGAAGUCACCGUCGUCACGUCAAGAAACUAAGACAUUGAAAAGAAAAUUAUUCUCAUCUUUAUCUUCCCUACCUGAGAAUGAAGAUAAAAAGACAAUUAAGCACCCUCCAUCCAAAAAGAGGCGUCCAUCUUCCCGUCCAACUAGUCCUCCAGUACCGGCAAGUACACCGCCCUCUAGAGGCGGUAACAGUGGACGUUUAAUACCGCUGUCGGAACGUCAACAGUUGGCUAUGUUGAUGCAAAUGACUAGUGAGGAGCAUUCUCCAGAGUCCACGUCAAAACAGUCUCCACAGACACCAACUGGGGUACGGAAAACCUCAAUUAUGACAACCCCGACAUUUGGUCUAACAUCCAGUGCUAUAAAGGCAAAAGUGAAUAAACGAAAUGAGAAAGGAGAAACACAGUUACAUAUAGCUGCUAUUAAAGGUGACAUUAUCAGUACAAAGGCUCUGAUAAAACAAGGAGCAGAUGUCAAUUGUCAAGACUUUGCAGGCUGGACACCACUACAUGAAGCUUGUAACCAUGGUUUUUAUGAUGUUGCCCGGCAACUACUGGAAGCUGGAGCGAACGUAAAUAUUCAGGGAUUUAAUGAUAUCACUCCCCUACACGAUGCAGCUGUUAACGGACAUGUUAAGGUGGUUGAGCUAUUAUUGAAACACGGGGCAGAUCCUUUGCAAGCAAACAAUCUUGGACAAACACCAAUGACGAUAGCCAGAUCACCAAGUAUAUUACAACUUUUAAAAAAUGAAAUAAUAAGCUCUAGUAGUGACGUCUCCACUCCUGAAGUGAGGUCACCAACAUCCCCCGAGAGCAGCUGUUCAAAUGAAGAUGGAUUACAGGUGAAGAAAGACAUUGGAGCACCAGGUAAUUUUUUUUUACUGCUGGUGUGUUGGAAUGUAGAUGUGAAUACAUUCAUAGCGCCAGUGAUUGAUGAUGGCAGUGAAAGGAGUUGA